GGAAGGGGAGAGGGGAGCAUAUUCGCCGCCUGAGUAAAUAAUCCUUCCAGGCACCUUCGCACUCCUCUUCCCGCUUUUCUAUCCUGGGGAGCUCCAUUGAGUCACCCCGGGAUGAGUAGCGCCCCCCCCCAGUGCGCGGCCAAGCCUUUUUUAUUUUAGAAGCUUUUCUAAUGUUUCCUAGCGGUGACCGCCCUUUCUCUUCCCCCUUCGUUUUCCCCUCCUAGGGUGGAGCUGGGUCUAUUUAUGUAGAAAAGCUUUUGUCUGCUUCUUGCUUUCCACCCCCUCCCACAAUUUGUUUUUAGGUUCACUAAAGAAAAUGGGGCAGGGGGGUGAUCGAUUGUUUCCCUCGCCACCACGGUGGCGAUGGUCUAAAGGUCUCCCCUCUUUUUAUCUUCUGCCACCCUACCUUUGCACAUGCCUGCCUCUCACUGUUUCAAGAAUGGUGGUGGUGGGGUUUGGGGGAGGUAGUAGACUGGAAGAUGUCAAAAAUGUUAUGCGCGUUAGGGGAGCUCCAGUUUUUGUCUCGCUUCGUCCUGAUCUCAACGCAUAAGAUCGUGAAAGAUGGAUGGUGAUAGUUCUACAACAGAUGCUUCUCAGUUAGGAAUUGCUGGAGACUACAUUGGUAGUAGUCACUAUGUGAUACAGCCUCAUGAUGAUACAGAGGAUAGCAUGAACGAUCAUGAAGACACAAAUGGCUCCAAAGAGAGUUUUCGAGAACAAGAUAUAUACCUUCCAAUCGCAAAUGUGGCAAGGAUAAUGAAAAAUGCUAUACCUCAGACAGGAAAGAUUGCUAAAGAUGCAAAGGAAUGUGUGCAGGAGUGUGUAAGUGAAUUCAUAAGCUUUAUAACGUCAGAAGCAAGUGAGAGGUGUCAUCAAGAAAAACGGAAGACUAUAAAUGGAGAAGAUAUUCUCUUUGCUAUGUCUACCCUUGGAUUUGAUAGCUACGUUGAACCUUUGAAGUUGUAUCUUCAGAAAUUCAGAGAGGCCAUGAAAGGAGAAAAGGGUAUUGGAGGAGCAGUCACCACAGCAGAUGGCCUUAGUGAGGAGCUCACAGAAGAAGCAUUUACUAACCAAUUGCCAGCAGGCUUAAUAACUACAGAUGGCCAACAGCAAAAUGUUAUGGUUUAUACAACAUCUUAUCAACAGAUCUCUGGUGUUCAGCAAAUUCAGUUCUCAUGAUUUGAAGAAAGCUUUGGAUUUGGGAACUUGAGGGAGACGGGCAAAGAAAUGGGAAUACUAAAGGAGAGGAAACUUUGGUUUAAAAUGGCUGGUGAAGAGAAAAAUGUCACUUUGUAUAUACAGAUAGCUGUAAUGUAGCUGCCUGAGGCUUGACUAAUUGAGAUGUGAACUCUGACUCAAACCUUUUUUCAUGAAUAAUUUUAAAAGAAAUUGGAUUUUAAAGGUAUUAAAAUAUUUUUGUUUUGUACAAGAGUUUGUUGCUCUGUAUAACUCCUGUUUGCAUUGUAUAUUGCAAUUUACUACUGUCAGAGAUUUGUAGACAGUUUCUUAUUUUCAUAUUGAAUCAUGUUACUUUUAUAAUUCAAGUAAACAGCUGGGUUUAAUUCAUGUUUACCCUUUGAAUAAAACAUAAGGGUACAGUUCUUUUUGAAUGCAAGUUGCCUUUAUUAUAAAAAUUGAAAUGAAUUUUUGUUUUGUAACCGUCUUGCAUGACUAAAGUUGCGUUAACGUAUUUAUUAAUAUUUUAACUCUGAAAGAGAAUUCCUUGAGCACCAGCAGUUCAGAAGAAGUGCUCCCAGUGUUUUAAUGUAAUGAUUGAAUUAAUGUGAAUCCAGAAGUAACCAGUCUCUAGAUCUUAGCAUUAGAAGCGUGGGACAUAAUCUACUAAGAGCUACUUUGCACAAAUUUCGUAAGAAUGAAGGAGUUUGACAAGAGCUGUUGUCUUGUGCAGGGCUAGUUCUGUGGAUUGUCUGGUGCCCAAUAACAGUGUUACCUGUACAUUGUAGUGCAGUCCCUAUUUUGCAACAAUUAGAAGUAUGUAGUAGAGUGUUUUUGUUGAUUCCAUUGACUAGGGGCAUUCGUCUCACUGCUUUUGAAAUAAACCCUUUUUAAUUUAU